AAAGGCGGAGUGGGAUAACGAUUCAGUGUAUCCAAAGCUUCAGUCAACUUUGUCUCUGAAGCUAACAGCUAAUUGUAGGGAUAUUUUUUCUAGUUAGCUUUUUAUCUCGAGUAAUGAAAUUUUCUUAAGGUGCUAAAAAUUGAUUUUUAUCUAAAAUGAAUUGCCUCCUUUAUGAACAAGUACAAGUCUCAAGCACAAAGGGUACAAAACUUGCGAGUAUGGCAGAAGUCGUUAAUGGAGUUAAUUUAUCCACAUUGUCAUCUGAAGAAGAACUUUACAAAUUGUUGGAUGCCACUGAAGAUUUUGAUGAAAGGAAAAAAGUCCGAAAUCGUUUGCGGCAAUUGCAAGCAGAACUUCGAGUUCAAAGAGAUGAAGCGAUGAAGAAACGAGAAGAGGAGAGAGAGCAGAUGAUCCUACAGCGGAAGAAGGAUGCGGAUGAACAAAAACGGAGGAUGCUGGCCAUGUACGAUCAGAUGGCCAAGUCAUCACCGGCUGGAGGACCGAAAGUAAUGGAUGUCAACAUAUACAAAAAUGCCAAACCUUCUCAAGAGCAAGUUUUACAAGCACCACCAAAGCGAGAUUUAGUGGAAGAAGCAAUCCAACAGAGGAAAUGGGAAGCAGAAGAAAGGAGGAGAAAAAUGUUAGCUGCUUAUGAUGCAGCAGCCAGAUCUGGACAGCCCGGACCUAAAUCACCGGACUUCAAUGCCAUUAACGAAUCUACCUCAGCUCCAGUGACACCUGUUGUGAAGAAAGCACCAGUGGAUUGCACGUUUGGAAGUAUUUUACCGAAGCAAACUCAGAACAAUCAGAAACUCUCGGCCAAGGCCAAGUUUCAGCAGAUGGAUGCCGUCCAAAACAAGCACUCCCCAUCAAGACCCAAUUUUCAGAACAGAGGUGGUAACGUGAUGCGAAGUGCGAGUGAUAUCAAAGAUAUGCUGCUUCACUGGUGCAAAAGCAAGACUCGAGAGUAUGAGAAAGUGGAUAUCACGAAUUUCUCUACCUCGUGGAAUGAUGGAAUGGCUUUCUGCGCCCUUAUUCACCAUUUUUAUCCAGAUGCUUUCGAUUUUGAAUCUCUCAAUCCCAAAAACAGGAGAUACAACUUUGAUCUCGCCUUUCGGAUUGCGGAAGAAAAAGCAGACAUUGCUCCACUACUGGACGUAGAAGAUAUGGUGCUGAUGAAAAAGCCAGACUGGAAAUGUGUUUUUACUUAUGUACAAAGUUUUUACAGAAAACUUCACGACAAAGACUAAUGUAAGAGUAUCUUCCAAAGAUGGAUAUAUUUUUUAAAGAGCUUUCUUACAAAGAACUGACAACUGAUCUGCGACGUCAGUUACAUUUUAUAAACUAUUCAUGGAACUUUUUAUCAUUUUAGUAGAUUGCUGAAAGUACUGCUUUAUUUGUAUGUGAGAGUUUUAAAAAAAAAAGUAGUUACUGGACUAAUGCUAGCUGAAUGUCAGCUAGAUUCCUAUUCAAAGGAUAUCGUUUGUGAUGUGAAUUUAGUUCCAUUAUUAAUUACCGAAAGCGAUGUUGUAUGAAUGUAUGAGAGAAUAAAAUGAAGUUAAUAUUCCUAAACACCAUUCUAAAUUGGACGAAACGAGUUUUGAUGAUGCCGUUGAAAAUUGCUGUUUAUAUUUUGAAAUGAAUAGCAAAUGUUGAAAAGAGGAUAGAGGUUAUUCAUUAAUUACGUAAGGAUGAUUUUGGCCAUUUUUACCCCUCUCCCCAUGUAAGGGUACGUAAGAUUUUUCUAACCCCUCCCCCCCCCCCCCCUGUUCUUACGUAAGAUUCCAUUCCGUUUUUCGAAAUACUAAAAUAACGAAUCUUACAACACAGGAAUCGUUUUUAAAUUCACUAUUAUUAAAUUAAAAAUUUUUGUGUAAAGAAAUAUUUACUAAAAAAUUAGAAUUUAGACUGAAUAUUUUUUCGACAUUUUUUUUUUUUUUUUUUUUGAUGCGAUAUGAUUUAAAAAUAAAACCUGCCAUACAUAGUGAGAUUCUUUUUUUUUUAUUUUACACUAUUUAUUCACUGUGAAACAAAUAAAAAACAGCUUAUCCUAAUACGUUUUUUACCCGUCAGACGCAAAUGAUUUCUGCCAAACCACAAGACCACGCGAUUUCUAAUGUAAAAUAUCGACUUGGAAAAUACUACGUAAGAAUGGGUUUGACCCCUCCCCCCCCCCCUUCCAAAGUAAGGAUAUGUAAAGAUUUUUCAAACCCCCUCCCCCUCGAGACCCUUACGUAAUUGAUGAAUGUGGCACCCUAUCUCAAGGUUAUUCAAAAUUGGUUUUUUGCUUUUUUUAUGUGUUCAUAUUUUUCUAUAUUAACAUUUUUUGAGCCAAUAGAUUGAUAUCCGGUUUUCACCCUAGUGAAAAAGCACAUGACUUUCUGCAGCAAAUUCGAAAAAAGCUCUUAUUUUACAGAGCAAAGAGCUUUUUGAAGACUUCUGAAAGUAUUUUGAAGGUUUCUUAAAGCUUUUGAAAUCUUUUCUGAAGGUAUUCUGCUGUGGCCGACAGAUGUUCGUCAAAGAUUAUUAGUAAAAACAUUAUGGUAGCUCUUUUUUUUUUUUUUUUUUGUAUGAUAAUCUAAUUCCAAUCCAUAAUAACACUACACAAUGCAGUGAAAAGUAGUUUUUUUUUUUUUUUUUUCCUUUUUAAACAUGCGAAUGAUGCAGAGUAAAAUAAUGCUAUUUUUACUACUGAAAUAAUCGGAUAAACUUCGAGGACUGAUUUUAGAAAUCUGUACUGUCCAACAACGGAUUGUAUGGAAUUUUCAAACGUCCAGAUGAGACGAAUCUAUCUGAAUGAGGGGGAAAAGUGCGCAUAUUCCGCUCAUUUGAAUGAGACUCUGCUUCUGCAAAAGCUGACAUCGCUAAAAAUAAUAGAUUUGUUUAUUUCCGGUUGUAAAAUGGAUGUUUGCCUUUCUAUACAAUCCGUGGUCAGACUAUAACAAUCAUUUUCGCACUCAAAUUUUCCAUCGUGGAUACUAUUUUGCCUUAUUGUGGCGUAGUUGUCGACAAUGUUACAAAAAAAGGGGGGGGAUACUUAAAUUAGUCAAAUAAUUCAACUUUUUUUUUUUGCCACCUGCAAAAAUUUUAAUUUUUAGAAUUGAGUCCGUUUCGAAAUUUGAAAUUCAAGUAUAUAGUCUCAAAUCUUUGUUUCUACUUAUCUAAAUCCUUCUUAAUUUUUCUAGUUUAAUGUUUUGAGUCCGGUACAGAAUUGGUCUCAGUUAGCAUUAAAAGUUCAGGAAUCAAGGUUUGAAUUGGAACUUGAUUGCGCCGUCCCAUGGGAUUAGGAUUGAAUUUUUCGAUAUUAAUUCCUAAAACAUUUCUAUCUUCAAGCUGGGCCUUAGACUAUUUCGCUCCUGAAAAUAAGUUCUGAAGUCUUUUAAGGCGUUUCGCAUUUCUUGCGCUUGAAAUUAAGCACUGGCUUGAAAUUAAGCACAGUCGUAAACCAAAAAUGUCAGCUUUUUCAAUCUAAGCCUGCUUUCAGAGCCAUGUCCGGGACAUGUUUAGCUCCCGAAUUGUAACAUCACCACAGUAUAGUGAAACCUUUUUCAUUUUAUUUUGUUAGACAUAAAUUAACACCAUACUUGAUAAGAGUACCAAUAGAUCUCAAAUUAAAUUCGUGAAAUUUAAUGACGUUUGGGAGGAUAGAAACACAUUUUGGCAUGAUUGCAACCGCAUUACAUCCGAUUCCACAGUGUACUGAAGCGCGGUGCAACAGUUGUUUCUAGUGAUUACGAGUUGCCUGUAAAACUUUACCUUAAAGUGUACUUGUUGUAAUUGCUUCAACGUGAAACAUGAGUAAUUUCAAAGCAAAAAUGGGGGAAAAGAAACUUAUAACGAACAUUGAUUCAUUUAGAUAGAAAGAAAAUGCACAUUGACAAAUAGACCGCUGUUUAAAACUUCAUAUUUUAUCAUUUAACUUGCGUUAAUUCUUCUACUAAAAUCAAGAUAAACAAAGACUACUAAGAUUAAGAAAUUAAGCCCAUCGUUAGACCAGUAAACCCAGUUCAUGUGAUUGAAGUUCAUAAGAAUGGGUUAGAAAGUCGUGUUUUUUUUUUUUUUUUUUUUAAAUUUAUGGUAUAUUCUGUUUUGUUUCUAAGUCUUUUAUAAAAAGAAUUCAAACUUAUUCAAUCAUGUUUUGAACGAAAAUUGGUCUCUUCCGACUAAAAAGUGUUCAAUUUUAUAUUUAUUUUGCAAUGUACAAAACUUUGUCAA